AAUAAUGGUGUUUUCUUAGAAAACAAAAGGUUCUAUUAUAUAAUAGGAAACAAAUGCUAUACUUUAGUCCUUUUUUCAGUUAGAGAGUGCUUUAUGGGUUUGGAAUGUCUCCAACUCACUUUCAACACUUUGUAAAGGAUUGCCUCCUAGCCUGACCUUUUUACACACAAUUGCAUAUUUAUUCUGUUAAAAUCUAACAUUCACAUCAAGCAAUAUGAAUCCACACUCACUCCCUUGUAGUGUAAUUUGUGAUGGAAACAGAGAAGACUAAAAAUAUAAAGGGACUAAAGCAGUAUGAGAAUUGUGGAACCUAUUCCAAUCUUGUCUGGUUUCUAAUGAUUUAUUUUGUUCUUGGCAGGCUUGAUAUACUCCAUGAGGUUGCAAUCUGGCAGAAAAACUUUAAGAGAAUUAGCCAUGCUAAAGUGAAGACCCGGGCUGAGGUGAGAGGUGGAGGCAGGAAACCAUGGCAACAGAAAGGAAGUGGCAGAGCACGUCAUGGCAGCAUUAGAUCACCUUUGUGGAGAGGAGGUGGUGUUGCACAUGGCCCCAGAGGUCCAACUAGUUAUUACUACAUGCUCCCUAUGAAAGUGUGUGUAAUGGGACUGAAAGUUGCUCUCAGUGCGAAGCUGGCUCAGGAUUACCUUCAUAUUGUUGACUCCCAGUACAUUCUGGAUCUGGCGCGACACAGGCACUGGGGAGAUUCUGUUCUCAUUGUAGACGUGCAAGACGACCUGCCUGAAAAUAUAUUAAAGGCAACAGAAGACUUGAAGACAAUAAACAUAAUGCCUGCCAUUGGUGAUUUAUCCAGUAACACAACAUUGGUGGAGUUCAGCAACACAGAAUUACUGCAUCUAUGCAUUUCCCAAAACAGGACUAUAGUAGAAGUAUACACCAAAGUUCGCAGUAGUUUAGUAUUACGGUGGGCACCUAUUUUUCAAAAUUAUAAAUUUUUUUUGUCCAAACAAAUCUAAAAAAUAAGUUACCCUUAAUACCCUUACUGCUGCUGCUGUUUAACACCUCUUGUUAAAAGGUAUGACAAAUGCCUGUUUUAAGUUAAUAAAUGUUUUCUGUUUUGGUACAGAUCUGAAUGUUCACAGUAUGCUAAAACAUGAAACUCUGGUACUUACCCUGAAUGCAGUGAGUUUUUUGGAAAAGAAACUGCUUUGGCAUGACUGCAGAUACUCUCCUCUCUACCCAUUCAAGUUACCCUACAGUGACUUACCCUAAAUGAUAUUAAAUGUAUUCUAUAACCCUGUUAAAAAAAAACAAAAAAAACAACGACUGGAGAA